AUGCUCCGCCGAAAACCCACCGCCAUUACCAUAUCAACCGAAGACCUAAUCGCCUUUGAAGAAGAACGCCAACGCCAACAACAGCUCAAAGAAAACAACCAGCAAAACAAACUAGCAAACAGCACAGGUGGCAGUAGUAUCGGUGCCGGUUUCUACUCUGGCUCCGUCGCGUACGAUCCUAACCAUGAGCUGAAACCGCUGCCCGGCGAUAAGGCGAGGAUUGUCCGAACGCGCGAUGAAAGGAUUGGUUUGGGAAGAACGGGAUGA